UUUCUUUUUAUUAUUAUUAUGAGCAACACGACAACUCGUAUUAAGAUUGGACACUAUAAUAUUAUCAGUACGAUUGGCACUGGUUCUUUUGGCAAAGUCAAAUUGGCUGUCCAUGCUAUUACUGGGCAGAAAGUAGCACUGAAAAUCAUUAAUCGAAAAAAGAUUGCCAGUAUGGAUAUGAGUGGUCGAGUCAAACGUGAAAUUCAAUACCUUAAAUUACUUCGACAUCCUCAUAUUAUUAAACUAUAUGAAGUGAUUACUACGCCUACAGAUAUUAUUAUGGUGAUUGAAUAUGCAGGAAGAGAAUUAUUUAAUUAUAUUGUCGAAAAGGGAAAAAUGGCAGAAGAAGAUGCAAGACGCUUCUUUCAACAAAUCAUUUGUGCUGUUGAAUAUUGUCACAGACACAAGAUUGUCCAUAGAGAUUUAAAGCCUGAGAAUUUAUUGCUGGACGCAAACAAUAAUGUCAAGAUUGCCGAUUUCGGUUUAUCGAACAUCAUGACAGAUGGUGAUUUCUUAAAGACCAGUUGCGGUAGUCCAAACUAUGCAGCACCUGAAGUGAUUUCUGGCAAAUUAUAUGCAGGUCCUGAAGUUGAUGUGUGGAGUUGUGGUGUGAUUUUAUAUGUUAUGUUAUGUGGUAGAUUGCCUUUUGAUGAUGAGUAUAUUCCUACCUUGUUUAAAAAAAUCAAUGGUGGUAUUUAUACCAUGCCAUCUUAUCUAAGUCCUGAUACAAAGCUCUUGUUAACUCAGAUGCUUGUUGUGGAUCCAUUAAAGCGUAUAACCAUCCAAGAAAUUCGUCAAAACCCUUGGUUUAAUACCAACUUGCCUGCUUAUCUUCGUCCUUUACCAAAUACAGAAGAAAGUAAAGAUACACUGAUUGAUGAUGAGAUUGUGUUUGAAUUGUCCAAGAAAAUGGGAUUUUCAACUAAAGCCAUUCAAAAGGCUUUGCAUGAACCUGAAAACAAUCAAUUCAAAGUAGCCUAUCAACUUGUUGUGGAUCAUAAACGUCUACUUGAAGAUUCUGAAAAUAAUCAUAUUCAAAGUUUUUUUGCUUCUUCACCGCCACCAUGGAACACUUCUUUAGACGAUCGAUACAAAGCAUCUAGACGACAACAACAAGAAGAAGAAGAGGAGGAGGAGAGCCAGAUGGACAUGGCAUCUUCUAUUUCUGUCUUGAGUUCCAGUUUACCGAAAACAGACUAUAUCCAAGCUACCAGAGAAAGAUCGUCUUCCAAUGCAUCUUCAAGAGGUGGCGCAUUGCCUAUAGCCCCUAUCAAUGGCACGCCUCCUCCUGGUGCAAUGGCACCUUCAACAAGACAUGCUUCGGCAAGACAUCUAUCUAUUAGCCAACCACAAAAGAAACCCAAGUCAAAAUCAAGGUGGCAUUUUGGUAUUCGUAGUAAAUGUCCUGCCUGGGAAGUGAUGCUUGAAAUCUAUCGCUCAUUACAAAAUGUUGGCAUGGAAUGGCGCACUUUGGAUCCUUAUCAUUUGAGAUGUCGCUACCAAUAUCCCAACAUUGACUUGAUGGUCAAAUUCGAUCUUCAGCUCUACAAAUUGGAAAACAACAGCUAUCUUGUAGAUUUCAAAAGCGUAGGCACCAUCAACCCAGAUGCAUUCCAGACACUACAAGAUCAAAUGGCUCAUAAGCUAGACAUUGAACAAAAAGAUCUUUCACCUUAUUUGACUCGAUGGAAAGUACAUGACGAAAGUAUUGAUCAUGUUCAAAGUGUUUAUCCUUUCUUGGAUGUCUGUAGUAAAUUGAUUACUGACAUUGUAUAAAAUAAAAGUGGUUUAUGCCAUUGAAGGGGAGAAAAAUGAGUGGUUUAUUUAUGCGUUACCAUAUCCUGGAUUUAAUGUUUAUAAAGAACAAUUAUUUUUAGCAAGAACUUGUUCCAACCUACCAUCGUUUGCUU